AUGCGUCCAUCUACUACACAAGAAUCAUUUCUAAGUUCAUCACCGCCAACAAAUGAUAUCGAAUCAAUGAAUACAGCUCAUACAACGACAGAAGUGCAACGUCCUCCAUUAUUUCGUUCAUUGUCAUUAUUAGAAGGACAUGAAUUUUAUACACUAUUUCGUCAACAAUAUAAUGCUUAUUGGGGUACAUUAAAAUUUGAAGAUGCACCAAAUGACUAUUCCGAUGAAUCUAGAUACUUUUUAUUAGUCGAUGAUAAUGUUGAUUUAAGUGCACUACGUCAAUUUAUGAUUAUUGAAUGGCAUUUAAAUUCAGCUAAUAUUGUUAUACCCGUACUAAGUGGAGUAUCAAAUAAUAAACCAUGGAAAAAUCAAAAACAAACCGAGUCACUUAAACAAGGAAUUAAAAAUGCUGCCAAUGCAUCAGAGGUGUGGUUCAUUACCAAUGGAUUAGAUGCUGGCGUUCCUCAAUUGAUUGGCACAGCAUUUCGUGAAGAAAGGUCAAUAAGACGAGCUGAUGAUGCAUGGGCAAUUCAAAUGGGUCGUAAUCCCAAAAAACGAAAAGUACUUAUGCUUCUUGGAAUUGUUUGUGCCGAUGAAAUAAAAGAUUUUAUUGAUUUAAAAGUCAAAGAUCAACCAAAAAUUGAACUAAAAGUUCCAACGAAAAAACGUGAUCAAUUAUCAUUGAAUAGUGAUCAUACCCAUUUUAUAAUUAUACGUGAACAACCAAAAAUUAGUGAUGAAAAACCAUUUGAAAAAUUAGCCGAUUCAGCUGAAAGUAGUACAAAUAAAUUUCGUGAUCGUUUUGAAGAUUAUCUACAUCAAGAAACAUUACAACCAGCAAAUAAAACGACUAUAUCAGCAGGUGUAACAACUGAUAAUGGUCCACGUCGAAGUUUAUGGUCUGAAGAUGGUUUUCCAGUGGUGUGUACUCUUGUUCGUGGUACACCAGGAACAAUUGAUUUUUUAUAUCAAAAAAUAAAUCAAGAAAUUCCAUGUGUUAUUUUGAAAGGAACGGGAUCAGCUGCCGAUAUUAUUUCAUUUGCUUACGAAGAAAUUAGUGCAAAAAAUGAUAAAGAAUAUGAAGAUUCCUAUUUAAAAGUAGAAUUAGCUCGAAGAUUACUCGAUGAAUAUCCAGCCUUGAAAGAUAAUAAUGUAAAACGAAAUGAUAUAAGAGAUCAUAUUAUUCAAAUAGUAAAAAAAGCUGAUCAGAGUAGACGAAAAUUUUUGACCUUUGUUGAUGUAAAUAGUUCGACAACAUCAUUAAAUGAUUUUCAUAAAUUUAUUUUAUCGUCACUUUUACAAUCUCAAAAAAAUGUAACUGGAACACGAUUAACAGCACAAUUAAAACGUAAUUUACAAUUAACAUUAGAUUGGAAUUUACCAGAUUUAGCAUUAUCAGAAAUAUUUCAACGUGAAGAUGAUACAAAAUAUAAUAUAUCUUAUGAAUUAUUUGAUAAAGCAUUAUUAGGAAAAAAAUUAGAACAAUUUGUUGAUUUAUUUUUGGAUAGAGAUUUUUCUCUACAUCGAUAUUUAAAAUCAGAUAAAUUAGUUGAUUUAUUUCAAGACUCAAAAGAUCGAGAAUUUUUAACAACAACAUCAUUAGAAGGCAUUCUAGGAUUAACGGGUGAUGAAAAUGAAAUGCCUGCACAAUUUGUUGAACAUGGUUUAAAUACAAUUGUUAAACGUUUAACAGGCAUUAGUCAUUUUUUUAGUAAACAUGAAAUGGAUUGUAAUGCUAUGGGCAUUUAUUUCGGUGAUAAAUCUGAUCGUGGAGUAACAAAACAACGUAUGAGAGCCGAGAAAAAGGCAUUGAGACAUUUAAUUAUAUUUGCUGUACUUAUGAAUCGUCAUCAAUUAGCAAAAUUAUUAUGGAAACGUUCAUCAGAACCAAUUCCAUUGGCUUUAAUAUGUUGUAUGAUGUUUAAAAAAUUGGCACCUUAUUGUCAUGAAUCAUAUCAAAGAUUAUUAAUUGAAAAACAAGCAAAGGAAUUUUCAGAUUGUGCCGUUGGUGUAUUAGAUAAAAGUUUUAAUGAAGAUGAUACUCGAACAUUUGAAAUGUUGGAUGAAAAACAUCCCGAUUGGAAUCAUAUGGCAACAGUUGAAUUAGCGUAUAAUGCUGAAAAUAAAGAAUUUAUGGCACACGCUGCUUGUCAAAAAUGGUUAACACGACAAUUUUAUGGUGAAAUUACGCCACGUGAAUUAUCAUGGGGACUUUUUAAAACACCAGAUUAUUUUAAAAUUAUAUCUAGUGCAUGUCUUAUAUUUCCCAUGUGGUUUUGGAUUAAUUUUUCACCCAUUGGUCAAGCCGAACCAGCUCCAAAAAAAGUGAGCGAUUUACAAGGUGAUAAAUCGAAAAAAGCAGUGCUUGGUACAGAAGAUCAACUCGAAGAAGGAAAAAAAAUGGGAUCCUAUGAAGCAGAAGUAACCAUUCGUGGAGGGAAUAACGUUUUUACAAAACUGGGAAAUCUUUUUCAUGGUGGACGACGUGGAAAUGAUGUCGCACAUAAAGAUUCUGGUGAAAAAGCUAUGACUGCUACUGAGGAAAUUGCUACAUUAUGGUCAGCACCAAUUACAAAAUUUUAUACAAACUUUGUUGCUUAUUUGACAUUCCUUUCAUUGUUUACAUUGGCUGUUUUAUGGCCAUCAUGUGGUAAUUUGUUACUCGAUUGUUUUGUAUGGUUUUGGACAGCAUCAAUUGCAUUUGAAAAUACGCGUGUGGCAUACGAAAAAUAUUGUUCUCAAAGUAGUUUACCAUUACAACGUGCCGUAUUAGAAGUUAUUGUUCAAACGAUAUUUCUAGCACUUUAUCUCGGAUUAAGAAUAAUUGGACUAUGGAAUUUUGGAACUUGUCAAAUAUUAACAGCAAAAGCCGUAUUGGGUAUUGGUCUAAUAUAUUAUUAUUAUCGUAUUUUAUUCAUAUUUUUACCUAUCAGCCCUAAGCUUGGACCAAUGAUGAUUCGAUUACGUUGCAUGAUAAUGGAUGAUUUUAUCACUUUUUUACAAUUAUUCGUAAUAUUUAUGAUAUCGAGUGGUGUAGCUAUUACAGCCGUAUUAUAUCCACAUUUUCCAUUGAGUGUAGAAUUAUUUACUAAAGCUUUUGUAUUUCGGGGUCUAAUGGCAUUGUUUACCAGUGAUACAAAUGAUCUUAAAAAUUCACAUUCACAUUGUACUAUAAAUGCAACAUCAAGUUCUGAAUCAGAAUACGCUUGUCUAAGAUUAUCACAUGGCUUGUCUUUCAAAUAUGAUAAUUUAUAUGCAUAUCAACGUUAUGGUAUAUCGGCACCAAAAUGUAAUCAAACAUCUUGGAUAGCAUGGUUUUUACUGAUACAAUAUUUCUUUUUGGCUAAAAGAUUUCUUACAUCAUUAUUAACAGCUAUGUUUGGUUUAACUGGUGCCCGAGUUCAAAGUCAAUCCGAACAAAUUUGGAUGUACAAUCGUUAUGAAAUUGUCAUGGAAUAUGCAAAACGUCCUCGUCUACCACCACCAUUUGUUGUUAUAUCAUACAUAUUCAUGUUGAUUACCAGUGCUAGCGGAAAAUGUGUUCAAAAAUUGAAAGAACAUGCUGAUACAACACACAUAAAUAGAGCAAGAGCACAAAGUACAACUAGUACUAGUAAUACAAAAAUAUUAUCCAAUAAUAGUCAAAACAAUCGUUUAAUACAGCCAUUAACAGAUAAAGAUGAUCCGGACGAUGUACAACGAGAUACUACAUGUUUAGGAAGAUUUUUAAAUUGUAAACCGUGUAAACAAUUAAUCGAAAGUGCAAAAGAAAGAAAUGAAAGUCAAAAACCAUCAUGGGAAGAUAGUGAAGCUAAUCUCUAUUGGAAAUAUAAAGCUGAAGAAUUUUAUGCUAAAACACAAGAAACAGAUAAAACUCAAGGAAAACUGGAUAGUUUAACAAAUAGUGUAACUAAUGUUCAAAAAGAUAUUGAUGUUCAACGAAAAUCAUUGAGACAAAUCAAUGAUCGUGUUGUUUCGUUAGAAAAAUUAAUGGUCGACAGUCAUAUUUUGUUAGAAAAAAUUCGUGCUACACUUCAACAAGAAGAUAAACCACUGCCUGAUCAAAAAUUUAUUCAUAUUCUAUCACGAGAAUCACCGUAUGUUUAUACAAAUGAAGCACGUUUCCCAGUUACAGAGAAAUAUAUUCCUUGGGAGAUUGGAUUUGAUCUUUACGAUCCAACGGUGAUAACACUGCCAAAAGAGCAUGCUUGCUUUCGUGAUGACGAAAAACCAUUCGUUGAACCAGAUCUAUUAAAACGUUCACGAUUAACAUCCAAUACUGAUGAUUUAAUUCGUCCAGUUUCCGUUGAUGUAUGGCCAGCAACACCAACGGCUACGGGAAGUUUUCGUGCUUUAGAACCGUCUACUCCCCCAAUAAUGUGGCCAUCUGAUUUUCCAAUGCCAGUUGCUGAUUAUAAAUGGAAUCAAAAGGUUGAUAUUCAACUUCCAGACGGCAAAAAAAUGAUUGUUGAUCGAAGAACAUGGGUAACAAAACCCGGUGAAGAAAUACCCAUUUAUCGAUUAGACACUCAAUUACUGAUACCAUUAAGUCCAAUGGGUCGAACGGGUUGUCGUGGUCGUGGUGCUCUUAUUCGUUGGGGUCCAAAUAAAACGAUAAUGGCCAUUAUUACAAGAUGGAAAAAGUUACGCGGACAAUUUGUCAUUGUUGAUGGACAAAAAAUGCUUGAGGCAAUGGUAUUCAAAGAUAAAUUAACAGGUGACUGGAAAUUGCCUGGGGGAAAAAUACUUGGUGUUGAAUCUCCUUAUGGUGCUGUUUGUAGAAGUUUUAAUAAAUUAGCAUUUCAAGAUGAAGAUUCUGAACAUAGUUUAUCAUUAACAGAGAAAGAUAUGGUUGAUCAUUUUUCAUCAUUUGCUGAUGAAGGACGAAACGAUAAUACAUCAUUUGAAUCACAUAUGGUGUAUAAAGGAUAUAUUGAUGAUCUUCGUAAUACAGACAAUGCAUGGGUCGAAGCUGAAAUAUGGAAUUUUCACUAUGGUACAGCCAUUCAAUUUCCAAGUUUAAGAACAGAUGGUGUUGCAUUAUGGAAAGAUGUUACAUAUAAUUCUCGAGGAUUUUUAUUACAAACUUCUAUAUUACGUGAGAUAGCUCGAAUCCAUGAUGCUUAUUUUGAAUGA